CUUCGUACUACCACAAGCAACUUUCCUAUCUACACGAGCAAUGAGGGUUGAGGACGUUCUGGGUCGUCUGGCAGUAAUGGCCGAGCUGCCAAACAUGAAGACCUCGUGCUUGCUAGCAGCUGGGCUGGGUUUCGCCCUAGUCGCUUGGAGGUUCUGGUGUGCGUUGUUCAAAACGAAUCAGCUGGAACCUCCUGUUCUCAGGUCCUAUGUUCCUUUCAUAGGACACCUUUGGGGCCUGAUGAGACAUGCCCAUGAUUAUCUCACUUCUCUUCACCUCCAAAAUCCUCUUCCCGUCUGUUCGCUGCCUAUGCUGGGACGCAAGGUCUAUGUCAUCAACAAUCCAAUCCUCAUCCAGGCUGCCUUCACCAACACAAAAUUGAGCUUUGGUCCUUUUGUUAUAGACUUCGUGGGCCGAAUGGAUGAGCUCUCUGCUUCAGCCCGUCGAGCCUACGUCGAGGAGGGCAUGCAUGCCCGAGUCAAACAAAUUUUCUCUACCCACAUGACAGGGCAGCCGCUGAAGAAGAUGAACACUGUCUUGCUCACUCAAUUAAUGCUACACCUACCUGGAAAUGGUUCCGUGGUUGAAGUAAAAAGUCUCUGGGUAUGGCUCAGGAAUAUCCUGACCGUGGGCUCGACGUCCAUGCUGCUCGGCGCAAGGAAUAAUCCAUUCAGGACGGAUGCUGCUCUCGUUGAAGCAUACUGGAAAUACGAAGCAGGUGAUCCAUCGCGGCGCUACAAUGUCACAGCUGUUGGGAACCGAAGCUCGGCAAAGAACCACGCGGCCAUGCUGAAAGCCCUAACAGCGUACUUCUCUGCCGGCCAUGAUCUCUCGCAGCAUCCUGAAGACGCCGACAUUGCCCAAAUGACGCGAGAGACGACCGGUAUGCAGCGUGAGUGGGGUUUCACGGACACAGAUCUUGCCGCAGCGCAAAUCGUCAUCAUUCAUGCGACACUCGUGAGUGCCGUGCCCACCAUAAUUUGGGCGGUCGCGCAUGUGUUCAGUAGGCCUGAGUUACUCGCCACGCUGCGGGAGGAGGCUCUCAACGCUGUCACCAUCAAGAGCGACGAUGAGGAUCCUGGUAGUGCCAAGCAUGUGCUAGUUACCGCGGAACGGAUCGAGCCUCGCUGUCCCACACUGGUUGCGGUGUUCCGCGAAACGCAGCGGCUCGCAGCCGUUGGAACACUGCACCGGCGUGUCCUUGAAGACACCAUGAUCUCAGGUAACAUCGAAGGCAAAGAGGUUAGUUAUUCUCUAAAGAAAGGCGUCGCAGUCCUGAUGCCUGUCGUGCCGAGUCACCGCAACACCGAGACUUGGGGUGAGGGAGUGGAUGACUUCCAACCCGAACGUUUUCUGUCGGAAGAGAAGAUCGACACCAAGGGGGCGUCGCAGCUGCGCAAGAAGGCUUACUUCCCCUUUGGCGGCGGCAGGGAGCUGUGUCCAGGGCGCAACUUCGCCACGGCGGAGACCCUCAGUACGCUUGUCGUGCUGAUCUUAGGCUUCGACAUCCACGCACGGGACGGCUCUACAUUCAGGUUGCCUCCUGUAGGCCCCUCAAAGAUGACGUCGCAGACAGCACGGCCUCUGGAGACAGCAGACAUGGCGGCCAGGAUCAAGCGUCGCGAAGGCUGGGAGAAUGUUGUUUGGGGCGUCAGCACCACGUCAACCAUGUAAUAGACCUGUACUCAAAGAUGGCGCGGAAGAACGUUGACGGCCAAGUUCGAUGGCAUAAUGCCCGAAUAACUGCCGUAUCAGUUUGUCUUCUCUUUUCAAAACAGCCAUUUCAUACCCUGUGGAAUAGAAAUCUCAGUUUCACAGCAUUUGCGCAAAUGCAUGCAAAGAUUAGUGGGUACACAUAUAGCUAAACAACCUUGCCCGCUCUAGGCAAACUGGCGACCACCAAAAUGGCAAUAAAUAAUUCAAGCAUGUUGUAGUGUGGUUUAAUUACGCUGUGAAAAGGCUGGUGUUCUCCAUCCUUCCCUGCCCUUCUGUUCUUUACUGUAAUGUCCACAUCAUUAUCCUCCGCCCAUUUACGGCCGAGCCGCAUGUCAAUUCCACCAAGCCAAGUAUCUAGGCCCGCUUCACGCCCACCUCCCUCGCCGCCUCUUGCCGCAUAACUGCUAAGAAGACCUUAUCCUCCGCCCAAGCAGGCAAUAAACUGCUUCCGAGCUGCUGCAGCGCAUGAGCCCAAUAUCCGAUGACCAAUCCAUGUCCACGGCCGACCUGCUGCAGGGCGGCUCGAGCCAUGGUCGUCGCAUCUGGCACGAAAAGUGAGGGAGGUUCGCGACAGCCAGAGACUCCAGUGACCCUGCCCACUCUGACACCCAGUAGCUCAACCUCGUCCGCCGCGCCGCCUUGGAGAGCCAUUUCGAGGCGCACCGAGCGCGUCAUGUUCAUGAGGAACUGCUUGCUAGCGCUGUAUGAGGCCAUUAGGGGAAGGCCUGGGUCGGCCAUGGAGCUGAUGUUCAUCACCAGGGCUGGCGAGCUCUUGAUCAACUUGGGAAGUAGCACGCGUGUCAGGUGUAGAGGGAAUAGUGCGUUAAGGCUAACGUUGUCUGUGAUCCGAGCGGCAGAGGAUUGGCUCAGAGGCGCACAUAUUGGAUUGACCGGGCUCCCGCCCGCAUUGUUGAUCAGAACCGUAAGAUGCAAGUCGUCAACCGCGGCUGCUAUGGCUGUGAAAUCCGGGACGCCCUGACCGAUCCCAUCAACGGUAUGCUUCUCCUGUUGAUCUUGCAAUGCAAUGCAGUUCAGACAUGGCACCUUGCUUGCGUCCGCGGUCAGAAUGCGGAAUGACCUCUCGGGACAUAUUUUCUGCAGCUCUGCCAGCACGAGGGAUAGCUUUGUGUGGUUCCUCCCAUGUAACACGACGUUGAACCCUCGCGAUGACAAUUCAAGCGCAAGCGCCCGGCCUAUACCGGCUGAAGCUCCUGUCACCAGGGCCCACGGCGCGCGCCCGCCCGAGUCCGUGUGUGCGUACUUGUUCAGUCUUGAUGGAAGGAAGUAUGUAGUGCCUAAUCUAGCGACUUUAAUAGCCGCGAAGAAAAGCGUGAGUGCUCCAAUGGUGGAGAUAAUGACUGGAAUGUACGGCAUUUCUAAGUAUGCUGACACCAAAAGAGGUAGGAUAAAAUUGGUGGAGGUAGACUGGUUCAGUUUCGCGGAUAUAGAAGAGCGGAAUCACAGUGUCUGGGCAAAAGGCAAGCCGAGAUGGCAUGCCCGGUUGAAGAAUAG